AUGCCCGUCGCGACGCAGGCCGCGAUGAAAGGGGUCACCGUGGGGCAGUUGGAGGAGAUGGGGGUGGAAAUCCUUCUUGGGAAUACGUACCACCUCGGCCUGCGGCCCGGUGAGGAGGCCUUCCGCGAGAUUACCCGACGGAAGAACGCCGCGGAGAAAGGCCCGGCCGCCGAGGCUGACGGCGUCCGCGCGAACAUGGACGGGCUUCAUUUUUUCGAAGGCUGGAAAGGGAAUAUCUUAACCGACAGCGGUGGGUUUCAACUCGUGAGCCUGCUUAAGCUAGCAACGAUCACCGAGGAGGGAGUUCGAUUUCAGUCCACCCACGGCGGCGGGGGUCGAAUAGCGCUGGGGGACUCUGAGGAGGCUUCGAGCGAGGAGGCGGCGAAACGGUGUUCGCUCUUGCUCAGUCCGGAGGAUAGCAUUCGAAUCCAGAACGCCAUCGGCGGCGAUAUCAUGAUGCAGUUGGAUGACGUCGUCCACGUCCUCACAACGGGUCCGCGUGUGGAAGAGGCGGCGAGGCGAAGCCUUCGUUGGCUCGACCGUUCCAUCGCCGCGAAUGAAAACUCUCAGAAGCAAUGCAUAUUUGGAAUCGUUCAGGGCGCGUUGGAUACUGAGCUCAGGCGCGAAUGCCUGCAGGAGAUCACGAAACGAACGGCCUGCAAGGGCUUUGCCAUCGGAGGUCUCAGCGGAGGGGAGUCGAAGGACCAGUUUUGGCGGAUUGUUCGUCUGUGUACUUCUGAGGGUGGGCUUCCAGAAGAGAAGCCGCGCUAUUGCAUGGGAGUGGGCUAUCCAGAGGAUAUUAUGGUCUGCAUCGCUCUCGGUGUGGAUAUGUUUGACUGUGUGUUUGCCUGCCGUACGGCGCGCUUUGGCUCUGCGCUCACCUCUACUGGAAAGAUUCAACUUGGAAAGCAGCUGUACGCGAACGAUUCAGCGCCUUUGGAUGCGGCCUGUAAUUGCAUGACUUGCAAGACCUACACCCGCGCUUAUUUGCACGCUAUUUGCUCGUCUAAACACUCUAUUUCAGCUACUCUGCUUUCCUAUCAUAAUAUUGCUUACCUGAUCAACCUCACACGAGGGGCUCGGACGGCAAUUCUUGAGGGCCGUUUCACGGAGUAUGUGCAAGAUUUCUUUAGUGCAUACUACCCCGAUCAGAAGUAUCCCCAGUGGGCCGUGGACGCACUGCGGACAGUUCACAUUGAAUUAAAAUCAACAUUAUAA